AUGGGGCAACCAAAACUAGAAGACUACCUUCUCUUCAAAAUGGAUAUCUUUAAAUUUGGGAUUCCGUUGAUUAAGAGGAAGAGUAUCAUCGAAUACCCCGAGCCUGGUAUCGCGCGGUACUACGUAAUCAUGGCAAUUGCGGUUAGAGAUACUAUGCUUAACGACACUGGAGGUUAUGCAAGUAUCGCUGCAGGAGGAAUCGGCCAGAGGUUUGUUAGGAUUAGAUUGUGGAGUCAAAAAGAGUCCAGUUUUGCCUUUUCAAUAAAAGUCUAUGGAAGGCAUGUCGCGCGCUAA